AAACGACUAACAUUACUAUCAAAACGGACGAGCUUUGUCACAGAUGGCGACCAGCAAGCCGUCUUUCGUUCUCUCUCCAGCAGAUGGAAAUAUUUUUGCCCAGAAUUCGGACCAAGUGACCGUACCAUUUUGUCUGUAAUUCCUCCCAAAAAUCGUACCAUCCAUUUUUCGCAUUUUCGUAUAUAAGCCCCGCAUCUGUUCUCGCCUUUCUCCAUUCCAUCUUUCCCUUCUCAUCCCUCCAUCUCUCUACCUACCGCCACCAUGUCUGCCUUCGAUGCUACCCUCAGCCGCCCCAAAGAUGUUGGCGUCCUCGCAAUGGAGACCUAUUUUCCUCGGCGCUGCAUUUCUGAAGCUGACCUUGAGGAAUUCGACGGGGUCUCGAAGGGAAAAUAUACUAUCGGGCUAGGCCAGGAAUACAUGUCGUGGCCAGAUGAUCGUGAGGAUAUCAACUCGUUUGCCCUCAACGCUGUCUCUGGCCUCCUCGAAAAGUUCAACAUUGACCCCAAGUCCAUCGGACGUAUUGAUGUCGGUACCGAAACGAUCAUCGACAAGUCCAAGUCUGUCAAGACUCACCUCAUGGAUCUCUUCGCUGAGUCGGGCAACUUUGACAUUGAGGGUAUCGACUCCAAGAACGCUUGCUACGGCUCCACCGCUGCCCUUUACAAUGCCGUCAACUGGAUAGAAUCCAGUUCUUGGGACGGUCGUAAUGCCAUUGUCGUAGCUGGUGAUAUCGCUAUUUACGCUGAAGGCGCUGCCCGUCCUGCCGGUGGUGCGGGCGCCGUUGCUCUUCUGAUUGGACCCAAUGCUCCCGUCGUCUUUGAACCUAUCCAUGGAAGCUACAUGGCAAACACGUACGAUUUCUAUAAACCUAACCUGUCCUCCGAAUACCCCGAGGUUGAUGGCCCCGUCUCCGUUGUCACCUACAUUGCUGCCCUCGACGCCGCCUAUUCCGCUUUCAGAGAAAAGACGAACAGGGUUUCGAAACCCUCUUCUGACGUCAAAUACUCUUUCUCCAGUGAUGAUGUCGAUUACCACCUGUUCCACAGCCCGUAUGGCAAGCAGGCCGUAAAGGGUCACGCUCGCAUGAUCUUCAAUGACUUCCUUUCGAAAGCCUCCCACCCCAAAUACGCUAACAUUCCCAAUCCUGAAGGCUUCCUUGCCGCCUCCCAUGCCGCCUCGCUCACCGAUAAGAACCUCGAGAAGACUUUCAUUGCUGCUGCUAAACAGGAAUUUAAGGAGAAGGUCGACCCUGGAAUGGCGUGCUCAAAACGGUUGGGUAACAUGUACACUGGUUCCCUGUACGGCUGUCUUGCUUCUCUCCUCUCCACCGUGGAGCCUGUUAUACUCCUUGGCAAGCGGGUCAGCUUGUUUGCCUUUGGCUCCGGUUGCGCAGCAAGUUUCUGGACAUUGCGCAUUAAGGGCGACACCAGUGAAAUUCGGGAAAAGAUGGAUCUUCUCAACCGCUUGGCAUCGAUGAAGGUCGUGCCACCACAGGAAUUUGUGGAUGCGCUAAACCUCCGUGAGAAGAACCACAAUGGUGUUUCCUACACGCCCGAGGGCUUGGUGGACAACAUCUGGCCAGGUGCUUACUACCUUGAUAGCGUGGACUCCAAGUACAGGAGGAAGUACCUCCGCGCGCCAUUGGCUUAAGCUCUUGGGCGUAGUUUCAUUCGUCUAUCAGGCAGAGUGGGAAGUUGUUAUAGAAUAUUUAGGGAUCUCAUUAGACGUCGAUAUCGUAGUCGCAAUUGUAAGAUAUCUUAAUGCGG